AAAGACUCUCUUAUUGGUGGCUUAAAGGUAUCUCUCAAAGUAAGAAAAACAGAUAUCGUCCACUCAACAGAUCAGCUUCUUUUCUGCAUAUUCCUCCUUGUGAUUGGCUGAUCAAAGAAAGAAUCAAGAAUCAAUCUUUCCCCUAAUUUCUACACUCUUCCUCCCCUCUUUAUUAAUUAGUAUGGAUCUGCUGGGAGGAUUAUCAGUAUCAAUUAUGUGUUUCUUCUGAUUUUCUCUUUCUACCAUCACUAGGGUUUGCUUUGAUUCUUUCUCUAAAUUUGGCAAAAAAUUGCUUCUCUCCCCCUGUCCAUCUCUCCAGUCUCCAUAUAUAGCAAAAAAAACACGAGUGGUCCAUUUUUACUUAUUUGUCUUUGAUUGCAAAAAAAAAAAAACAAAAGAAAAAAAAGAGGAAAUUAGGAUUUACAGACAAUGGUUCGAGAGAAGAUACAGAUCAAGAAGAUCGAUAAUGCGACGGCGAGGCAGGUGACCUUCUCCAAGAGAAGGAGAGGGCUUUUCAAGAAGGCUGAGGAGCUAUCAGUUCUCUGUGAUGCUGACGUCGCGCUUAUUGUCUUCUCUUCUACUGGCAAGCUCUUUGACUACUCCAGCUCUAGCAUGAAGGAAAUACUGGAGAGGCAUCAUUUGCACUCAAAAAACCUUGAGAAGAUGGAGCAACCAUCUCUUGAGCUGCAGCUGGUAGAGAACAGCAACAUGUCCAGGUUGAGUAAAGAAGUUGCAGAAAAAAGCCAUCUAUUAAGGCAAAUGAGAGGGGAAGAACUGCAAGGAUUAAGGAUAGAAGAUUUGCAGCAGCUCGAAAAGUCUCUUGAAACCGGAUUGCGCCGUGUCAUUGAAAGGAAGGGUGAAAAAAUCAUGAAGGAGAUCACUGACCUUCAAAGAAAGGGAAUGUUAUUGAUGGAAGAGAACGAGCGUUUAAGACAACAAGUGGUGGAGAUAUCAACAAGUAGGAAAAGGCAGCAGCGCUUUACAACUGAAUCUGAUGAUCAGAAUGUGGUGUAUGAGGAAGGCCUGUCGUCAGAGAGUGUCACUGAUGCCAGCAACAACUCCGGUGGGCCUCCUCCCCAUGACAUUGAAAGCUCAGAUACGUCACUCAAGUUGGGGUUACCUUAUUGAGGCUGGGAGGAGAGACGAGUACUUGGAAUUUGACUGCAAUGGGAAAGGGUGAAACUGUGAAAGAACACUAUGAUUUACAGUUGCAUCUAACUUCAAUGUGAAAUAAUAUUUGUUCUUUCCUUCUCCUUCUUUUUAGCCUUAAUGGAAUGUAAGCUGACCAAAGUUACGUCUAUGGUACCAGAUUCAUGGCAUUACUUGCCACGGCUUGAUCAACGACAUCUAGAUCAUAAAAAAUCUCUAUUAUGAGCGAA